UGUUAUACACAUGUAUCCAAUAGAAGUCCACAGAAUGAAGAGAUGGUGAAUGAAACAUUUCAUGUGGAUGCAUCAGUUGAAGAGGUCGAAGAGGGGCAACAUUUGUAUGAAGAUGGGAAUGCUGUUGCUGAUAACGAGACCGAAAACGAUGCUAUUCCAGAGGGGGAGGAGCUUGAGAUUUAUGAAAAUCCUCGCGACUCCAUCUACUAUUGGGGUCCGUGUCCUACUGAUCCAAACUAUGGACAGUAUUUCCUACCUGGAAGAAGAUUGAUAAAUGCACAUAUUGAUCAUACACUUUUGUGCCGAAGAUUUGUGCCUGAUGGCAUCCAGAUCAGACGUGUGCCAGACAUUGAACUACCGAAAUAUUUAGAAUCGGGAACGUGUUCAGCCGUUGACGAGGCUCGUGUGUUGUCCAGAAGAAAAGUGAAGUUUAACACCGACCUCGAAAAGAGAACUAUUACAAAGAAAGAAGUCAUUGACAAAAAGGACUAUAUGAUACCAGAGUGCAGACAAAUUGAAACAGUGAAGGUCGAGAAACGACCGAAAUUCAACUUUGGUUUCGUAAAGAAGGUAUUGAAAAAGUUAAAGUUUAAGAAACGGGACAAAUUGAAGAGUAGUGAUGGGUUGAAGUCUUGUUUGAAAAAGCCAAAGCCCAAAGAAGUUGAAGGGGCUGAAACUGAAACUGAGACGGAAACCGGCUUGAGGCGAUGCCACUCCUGCGUCGUUUUGGAUAGUCGAAAACUAGAUCCUACUCAAGAGCGCCCGAAGAUGCUUCUUAGACUCAANGGUAGAAACUGA